AUGAAGUUCUCACCGGCCAGCUUCCUGGUACUGGCGGCUCCCCUCGUCAAUGCCGCCGCCUUCUCCAUCUUCGACCCUACGCAGGUGAGCCUCAAGGCUGGGGCCACCGAGGAGUUCCCAGUCGAAGGAGACAACCCUCUCAAGUACUGCGCCAAACCGACCGAUUACAAACUGGAGAUCGAGUCGGUAGAUCUCUCACCGAACCCUCCUGAGGCGGGAACGAAAUUGCAAAUCCGCGCCGAGGGUACUAUCCUCGAGAGGAUCGAAAAGGGUGCCACUGUGAACCUUGAGGUCAAGUGGGGCCUUAUCACCCUGAUCAAACAGACAGUCGACCUCUGCGACGAACUCAAGAACGUUGACCUCGAAUGUCCGCUCGAAAAGGGCAAAAUGGUCCUGACAAAGGAGGUUGAUUUGCCCAAGCAGAUCCCACCUGGCUCGUACUCCGUCCUCGCUGAUGUCUACAACCAAAAGCAACAGCAGGUCACUUGCCUUAAGGCGGAUAACAUCAAAUUCCACAUCUGA